CAGUGGGUUAAUGUGGCCUUUAAUCAGUGGCACUGAUAUUCCCUCUUCCCCUCCCAUAGGUCAGAAUGCUGCUCAACUCUCCAAUCAGGCUGCUCGUGGCACUCGCGCUCACAGCGACACUGGUGGUAUCACAGGAUCCUAUAGUUCCAAAACCAAGGUGCCCAGAGAACCAGCAGUGGUACCGAGAGAAGCCCUGUUCUCAGAUAUGUGGGAUCAAAGCCUAUUGCUCGGGUAUCCAUGAAGCCGGCUGUGCGUGCAAACCUGGAUAUUUGAGGCAGACUCCCGACUCGCCGUGUAUCCCAAAAGAUAAAUGUAUCAUCUGUGAAGGGCUGAAAGUCUAUGACCGCUGCCGAGGUCACUGCCCACCUACCUGUCAGCCCAAAAUGUGCAGUUAUAUGUGUGUGGAGGGGUGCAUAUGCCGAGAGGGAUACGCCUGGCACAAUGAAAGAUGCAUCCCUCGCUGGCGGUGCCCUAUUGUGCAACAGCAAGACAAGUAAAUGCUACUCCAAUAGUCUGUACUUGGGUGGGACCUUGGCAAAUGGAUCCUACGGUUGGGCGGGUUGGCACGUUACAAUAAAAGAAAUUGAUCACAAAAUUGA